AUGUCGCAGCAGAAAUCCGGGAAGGUUAAUUCCCCAAACCCGGAACAGAACAUAUCACCGCUGAGUAAGACAGACGGUCUGUGCGGUGCGGGAUAUGAAGAAGCCAUGGAUAUUGAACAACCGUUGGCAUCUGAUGCUUUAAAUUCCAACGACCGUCAAGAACUUGAUCGUUCCGCUCCCGUGAAACAGAAUCAGGUAGGAUACCCACUAGAGAUAGACACCAAACAUUGA